AGAGAUGACAAGGUACAUGUCAAAGCAAAUUCCCAACUACUAUGGAUACGGGGUCGGGUGGCCUGUGGCACGCCCAUUAGUGAGCACAUUAUCUCUACAUACCUUACCAAAAAUUCUCUCUGAGGGAUCCCCAGGGGCCCCUUCGCAAACACCUUUAGCGCCUACCCACACGGCCGAGGGUAUAUAAAGAACCCGUUGGCGUUGCUGCAGGCAGGACGCCACUGACCGACGCCGACAUUCAGGAAGACCUCAACACGGCAAAGAGCAGAAAGGAUGAUCAGUGGUCCAAAUAAUAAGAGGAUCACGCCCGCCUCCGACAGACCUGAGAGCAUCAGAAACUACAAGCCCAACAUCCCCGAGCCGACAUGCAGAGCCGACCUCCUGAAACACUGGAUUAACCUUUCCCUGGAUGACAAGACAGCCAAUAAGCUGCUGUGGAUCACGGAGGGCGGCUCCAAGGUGUCACGCAUGACGGACGAUGUCACUUGUCCCGUCCUGGACCGGCCAGAGAGAUAUGAGUUUUCCCCCCAGGUCCUUUGCAAAGAAGCAAUCUCGGGCUUCCGAGCUUACUGGGAGGUCCAGUGUUCGGGAUGGGUGGUCGCCGGACUCGCCUGUGAGGGCGCCGGCAGGAGGGGGCGCGACGGGCAGUGCGGCCUGGGAGAGAACGACCAGUCCUGGGGUCUCGGGUGGAGCGGAUCCAGCUACCAGCUGUGGUUCGAUGGCAACAACACAGACAUCUGGAACAUUCCCCAGUGCUCCACCAUCGGGGUGUACCUCGACCACCCGGCUGGUCUCCUCAACUUUUACGCCGUUGAAGAAGAAGAAGCGGCGGCGGCGGCGGCGGAGGGGGAGGGAGGCGAAGGCAGAAAGAGGAGCCGACUGCUGCAUCGGACCAAGAGCUCCUUCAAGGGGAGAAUGCUGCCGGGCUUCUGGGUGGGACAAAAGUCCUCGUGUGUCCUGAUCAAACCAGAGGGGUAGAGGGAAGAGGGGCAGUUUUCCAUUUCCGACACCUUCCAUUUCCAAACAAAAAAAAAUACCAAUACUUUCGAAAACUUUGAAAUAUGUCCACAUGUAUAUCUGCAAUGCUGAAACAAAAUCUCUGUAUGAAGUAUCAUCAAAACGCUGCUGUUUUUUUGUUUAACCUGUUAAAAUGACUUUUCAAUAAACACAUAGAGACA